AUGAAGCAAUAUAUGCCAAUGAAGCCCAAUAAAUGGGGAUUUAAACUUUUUGUAUUAGCCGGCGUUUCUGGAUUUGCCUACAACUUUGAAAUAUAUUCCGGACAAGAAAACGACGCAGAUCGGCCUAAUGGUGAACCUGAUCUAGGUGCCACAUCAAAUAUUGUACUGCGCUUAUCACGUAUUGUUCCUAGAAGCCAAAAUUACAAGUUAUACCAUGACAACUAUUAUACUGCCAUACCGCUGAUGGUUCAUUUGGCCAAGGAGGGCAUUUACUCCUUAGGCACUGUGCGAAGAAACCGCCUGCCUAACUGCAAGCUACCUUCAGAGGCAUCUAUGAAAAAAGAAGAACGUGGUAAAAGCAUUGAAUAUGUUACAACUGUGGAUAACGUGGAUAUAUCUUCUCUCAUUUGGAAGGAUAAUAAAUAUGUUACUCUAAUUUCAUCGUUUGCUGGGACGCAGCCAGAAACUUCUUUGAAAAGGUAUGACCGAAAACUGAAGAAAACAAUUGAUGUAAAAUGUCCAAAUGUAAUCAAAGAAUACAAUCGUCAUAUGGGCGGCGUAGAUCUGUUAGACAGCCUAAUGGGACGAUAUAAAAUUAAAGUAAAAAGUAGAAAAUGGUAUAUAAGAAUGUUUUACCAUUUGCUAGAUUUAACAAUGGUAAAUGCAUGGUUGGCUUACAAAAGAGUACUUAAACAAAAUGGAAGUCAGGAUUCCGAUAUUCUGAAACAAGUUGAUUUCCGAGCAGAGGUGGCGGAGUGCCUGUGUAAAAUAGAAACAAGUGCCCCUAAACGUGGAAGACCAAGCACUGUGGAACAGCAAAUUAAGGCUAAAAAGAAAAAAGGACCAGCUCAAACACUUCCACCUCAAGAAGUACGACAAGAUAAGUAUGGCCACUGGCCCGUCACUUUGGAGUCUAAAAUGAGAUGUAAAUUUCCAAAUUGCAAAGGUUUUACAAGAAUUAAGUGUGACAAAUGUGGAGUAGCUUUGUGUCUUAAUAAAAGCAAUAAUUGUUUUAAGAAUUUUCAUAUCAAUUAG